GCCAGUAACGUAGUAAAUAACUCCGUGGGUGUGGCCAAAGGCCAGGAAAACCCGGGCUGAGUCUCGGCCCGGAGGGAGAGACGGCGCCCAGGGCGUGGCAGGAAAGCCGACUUUGCAAACCGCGUCGCCUCUGCCGCCUGCUUCGCGGGAGCCCCUCUCUUCGGCUCGGGUGCCGCGGCUUGUUUGCCUUGCUUCCCGGUUCGGGUUUUCUUUCUCGUCUGAUCCAUCCGUGAAGCCAUAGCGAUGUAUUCCAGAGGUACUGUGAAGGGCGUUUCUGGCUUUGAUGCCAAAGCUGAUGCUGAGGUCCUUCGGAAGGCAAUGAAGGGCUUGGGCACUGAUGAAGAGUCAAUCCUGAAAAUCCUAACAAGCAGAAGCAAUGCUCAACGUCAGGAAAUUGCUCUUGCUUUUAAAACCUUAUUUGGAAGGGAUUUAGUUGCUGACUUAAAAUCAGAACUUACUGGCAAAUUUGAAAACUUGAUGGUUCAACUGAUGAGACCCAGCCGACUUUAUGAUGCUCACGCGCUGAAGCAUGCCGUUAAGGGGGCAGGAACAGAUGAAAAAGUCCUGAAUGAAAUUCUUGCAUCAAGAACAACAUCUGAAGUUCGGAAAAUAAAGGAAGUUUAUCAGGAAGAAUAUGAAGCUGACUUAGAAGCUCAUAUAAAAUCAGACACCUCUGGUUACUAUCAGAGGAUGUUGGUAGUUCUUCUUCAGGCUAACAGAGAUCCUGAUGGCCAUAUUAAUGAGAAGCUGGUGGAGCAAGAUGCUCAGGAACUGUUCAGAGCUGGUGAGCUAAAGUGGGGAACUGAUGAAGAAAAGUUCAUCACCAUUCUGGGAACUCGAAGUGUAUCUCACCUAAGGAAAGUCUUCGACAAAUACAUGACCAUCUCUGGCUUUCAGAUUGAAGAAACUAUUGACCGUGAAACCUCUGGUGCACUCGAGAAGCUGCUUCUGGCAAUUGUGAAGUGUGUCCGAAGUGUUCCUGCCUAUUUUGCUGAAUCGCUUUAUUAUGCGAUGAAAGGAGCAGGAACUGAUGAUGAAACACUGAUCAGAAUCAUUGUUUCAAGGAGUGAGAUUGAUCUGUUGGACAUCAGGCAGGCAUUCAGAAAGAAUUUUGCAAAAUCUUUGUACCAUGCCAUUCAGAAAGAUACAUCGGGUGACUACAGGAAAGGCCUCUUGAUGCUCUGUGGUGGUGAAGAUGACUAAUGUCAACAGUGGCAUGGAAGAUGGAGUAGUCUUAACUCUUGCCUUGUGCCUCUCCCUCCUUUUGUAUGCCUAACCUGUUUUAUCAGCAUGUAGAGCUGCAUCAUUACUCUCUAAAGCAACGUGCAUUAUCAUUAGUACUGAUAAUAGUAUAGAGCUUAGAAAAGUUACUUUAGCAUUGCUCUUGUUUUGGUGCCAAGUUAAAACAUAGCUUGUCCAUCCAUCCACUUUCAGGCUCCAAGGAAAUAACGUCUUAGUUGGAAUUCAACAUUUCUCUGGUUUGGUUUUGCUCAGAUUGCUAACUUUUGUAAAAGUCUGUGAAGUUAUUUGAGUCGUUGUAGAUUGUUUUAAGAUGAUUUUUGGACUGUUCCCUGCCAUGAGAUCUUUUGAUAUAAAACAGAUUACAAAUCAAUCCCUCAAUCGUUCAGUCAGUCAGCUAGACCAUGGAGCUCUGUUCCAAAACAAAGUAAUGUUUCUAGGCUUUAGUACAUAACUUCUCCUAGUGAAAUCAGUGUCGGACCCACUACAUAGGAUUACCACUCUUCACUGCAGUGUGCUUGAUUCUUUUUUAAAUUAUUGGGGUUGUGUUUUGUGCAAACCCAGUUUUGCUGUAAAUAUAUAAACUGGACUUAAAAAUCAAGCCAAGUCAUCUGAAAAUUAUCAUUGGGUUGGAUCCAGGUGCACAUUAAUUGCACUGAAAUCCCACUGUCAGUAAAACUGCUGGAUACUCAGUGGGUUAGGCAUUUGGAUGCAGAGCCAGAGGUUGGGAGUUUGAUUCCCCACUGUGCCUCCCUGACAGAAGCUCGACUUGAUGAUCCAUAGGGUCCCUUGCAGUUCUAAGAUCUAAGAUUAUAAAUUAGUCACCACAGUUUAUUUAUAUCUGAUAGAUUUUAGUGGGAACAAAGUACAACUUACUUACUUUAAGCCUCUUACACAUACAUUCCAAACUCAAAAUAUUUGGUGAGAAGUGCCUCUUAUGCAACUGUACCUUUUUUUAUUGUAAAAUAGACAAGAAGUCAGUAAUUUUUCUUUCUUCCUUUUUUUUUUUUGCUGCUGUUGCAAAAGUAGAAAAUUCUGGAACAA